AUCCUACCAUAAUUAAAAUUAAAAAAUAAAAACGCGUCCUGCUAUUUUUAUCUUAUAAUUUGCUUUCUGCUCUCCAACGUCAUGGUCAUGGAUCCACACCCCACCUGGAAUCCCAAGUCUCAUAAACCCGAGAUUCACAAUUCACUUCCCAAACACACAAAAUUUACAGGAAACAAAUAGAAACGCAUGAAACACCCUUUUUUCAUUUUUAUUUGUGAUUCUGUUUUCUUGUUUUUCACGACUCGUAAUGAUAUGAUUGUCAUCUGGUAAUGCCCCCAGCUUAAUUCUAAACCCCAAAUCAUUCACGCAUUCUGCCUGGAGAAAUCAGAGGAAACAAACGCCAACUUGUUUCUGGAAUUUAUUUUUUUAUUUUUGGGUUUAGGGUCUUAGUAUGCAUAGAUCUGGAGCUGCGAUGGCUUGGAAUGUGUUCAAAUUUUGUACGGCCUUGCGGGGUCUGGGGUCGAUCAUGAUCUUGUUGGUUCUUGGUGUCGUCGGUGUCACCUAUUACGCCGUGGUUUUGACAAAUUAUGGCCCAGCUUUGUAUGACGGAGGGCUUGAUUCUGUCACCGCUCUGGCUGUGUUGCUCUUGUUUCAUUGUUUGUUGGUGAUGCUAUUGUGGAGUUAUUUUUCAGUUGUUUUGACUGAUCCGGGUAGUGUGCCACCUAAUUGGAGGCCUACUAUUGAUGAGGAGAGAGGAGAGAAUGACCCGUUAAAUGGUUCAGAAUUCAGUGUUGUGCAGUCUGACCCCUCAAAUCAAAGAAUCCGAUAUUGUCGGAAGUGCAACCAGCUGAAGCCACCCAGAUGCCAUCAUUGUUCUGUGUGUGGACGGUGCAUACUAAAGAUGGACCAUCAUUGUGUUUGGGUUGUUAAUUGCGUUGGGGCAUUGAAUUAUAAGUAUUUUCUUCUCUUCUUGUUCUACACUUUUCUUGAGACAACACUGGUGACACUAUCACUACUUCCACAUUUUAUAGCGUUUUUCAGUGAGGGAGAAAUUCCAGGGACACCGGGAACCCUUGCGACCACCUUUCUUGCCUUUGUUUUGAAUCUGGCAUUUGCGUUGAGUGUGUUGGGCUUUCUGAUCAUGCACAUAUCAUUGGUGGCUGCUAAUACCACAACUAUUGAGGCAUAUGAGAAGAAGACCACUCCAAAAUGGCGUUAUGACCUUGGUCGAAAGAAGAACUUUGAACAGGUUUUUGGGACAGAUAAGCGAUAUUGUUUCAUACCCGCUUAUUCAGACGAAGAUUUACGCCGGAUGCCUGCACUUCAGGGCCUUGACUAUCCAUCAAAGCCUGACUUUGAUUCUCAAGAGUUCUAAAAACUUGUACACCGCUAGGCAACUGGAACUUUUCCUCGUAGCAUUAGAUAUGGAGCCCUGCAAAAUGUUCCUUUGCAUCCUAACUAAACAGUUCUUAGCCAAUUUGGGCUCCUAACCAUUCAUUCCCACAACUGUCCAUCUGUACAGAUAAACCUGAAAGAUAAGAAGAGAAUAGCAGGGUAUAUUAAGGAGCAAAUCACGGGAAGCAACAUUAGUGUCGCUGGAGGAUAUCCUUUGAGGAGCUAAUGUUUAUUUCAUGUUCUAAUUACAUGUUUGAAAUGUGGGAACAGUUAGAUUAAGAAUGCAACUUUUAAUUUGGUGGCAUGCUGAUGUUAUUGUAGGUUUCUCUUUUGCUUUUUUAUGUAAGAGCUUUUUGCUGAUCAAUCUGUAUACAACGCUUGUAUGCCCCUUGGAAAUAGAAUUGAUCACGCGUGUAUGAUACUUGUAUGUAAAUUGGAAAAUACAGUUAAUCAAAUUUUCUGUCCAAUGCUUUUAUGCUCA